CGACAGUCUUUACUAUUACCAUGCUCGCGAGCUCUUCGGCCGGGCGCCUGCAGCGCACGGCGACGAGGCAACUCAAGCGGGCCAUCCAUGACAUUACGGUUUCCGGAGGACCCAAAUCCAAGCCCAUAAUAUCCUACGGUCCCCCAGGUCGAAGCGCGGUCUCCGGUCACGUCGCCACCGUCUUUGGCUGCACCGGUUUCCUUGGCCGCUACGUCGUAGCGAAGCUAGCGAAGAUUGGAACGCAAGUCAUCGUUCCCUACCGAGAUGAGGACGAGAUUCGUGUGUUGAAGCCCAUGGGUGACCUCGGCCAGAUCGUACCCCUGGAAUGGGACAUCCGAAACAUCGCCCAGAUCGAGCAAUGCCUUCGCCAUUCGGACACGGUCUACAACCUCGUCGGGCGCGACUACCCCACGAAGAACUUUUCCUACACCGACGUGCACGUCACCGGCGCGUCGACCAUCGCCAAGGUCGCGGCGGACAACGGCGUGUCGCGCUUCGUGCACGUCUCGCACCUCAACGCGGACCACGACUCGCCAUCCGAGUUGUACCGCGCCAAGGCGGCGGGCGAGGAGGCGGUCACGGCCGCUUUCCCCGACGCGACGAUCCUGCGGCCCUCAGCCAUGUUCGGGCACGAGGACAAGCUCCUGAACAGCGUUUUCAACUGGCCGAUCUGGUUCAAGCUGAACGACAUGCAGACCAAAGUCCGGCCCGUGCACGUCCUCGACGUCGCGCAAGCCGCCGCCAACCUUCUCUCGACCCCGGCGCACGCGGGCGCGCUCAACCUGCCCGGCCCGCGCACGGUCACGUACGAGUACCUGCUCGACCUCGUGAGCACCGUGACCUACCGCCCGCCGUCCAAGGCGCCGCACCUGCCCAAGUCGCUCGCCAAGCUCGUCACGGGCGCCGUCGAGCGCGCGGUGUGGUGGUCGACGACGAGCCCGGACGAGAUCGAGAGGAAGUAUAUCGACGACAAGGCCGUGCCGGGCGACUGGGACGUCGUCGGCGUCGAGCCCGACGAUAUCGAGCAGUUCGCCGUCGCGUAUCUGCGGGCGUAUCGCGAGGCGGAAACCUAUUCGAGGCCGAUGGUGCUUCCCCACUCGAGGAUGUGAACCGGCGCCGUUUCUGUUUGUUGCGUGGGCAGAUCGGAUGUAUCCUAGAUUUGGCGCGUCGAAUGCGAGAAAAACGAUCAGAUCGUCGGCGUUGCCCGACGCUGCGC